GAAGUGCGUUUGCAGAGUGAGAGGAAGUGGGGAGUGCCUGUGGGCUUGAAUCCAGAGUACGUUUUGCCCCAGUUGACUGCAGGGCUUUGGGGAGCAGCAGUUGCCAUGACGGCCCAGGGGAGCCUGGUAGCCAACCGAGGCCGGCGCUUCAAGUGGGCCAUUGAGCUGAGCGGGCCUGCAGGAGGCAGCAGGGGCCGAAAUGACCGGGGCAGUAGCCAGGGAGACUCCCUUUACCCAGUCGGCUAUUUGGACAAGCAAGUGCCUGAUACCAGUGUGCAAGAGACGGACCGGAUCCUGGUGGAGAAGCGCUGCUGGGACAUUGCCUUGGGCCCCCUCAAACAGAUUCCCAUGAACCUCUUCAUAAUGUACAUGGCAGGCAAUACUAUCUCCAUCUUCCCUACUAUGAUGGUGUGUAUGAUGGCCUGGCGACCCAUACAGGCACUUAUGGCCAUUUCAGCCACUUUCAAAAUGUUAGAAAGUUCAAGCCAGAAGUUUCUUCAGGGUUUGGUCUAUCUUAUCGGGAACCUAAUGGGUUUGGCUUUGGCUGUUUACAAGUGCCAGUCCAUGGGACUAUUGCCUACACAUGCAUCAGACUGGUUAGCCUUCAUUGAGCCUCCUGAGAGAAUGGAGUUCAGUGGUGGAGGACUGCUUUUGUGAACCUGAGAAAGAAGCACCUGGUGCCUAUGUAUUAGGGUCUUAUUUAUAUCCUCCCUUAAACCCAGUGACUCCUCAGCAUACUUCAUGUUGAAAAAAAAAACAAAAGUUCUCUAUUCUCCAUGGUGAGGAGACAGAUCCUAGAGGGACAAUUUACACAUUACUAUAAACACAAAUAAACUAUACCACAACCUCUGACUGAAAAUAAUGUAGAAAACUUUAUUUAUGUUUCCAGUACAGAGCAAAACAACAAAUAAAACCAUAACUCUAUGUAAACAAAAGAAUAGUGGCUGCUAAAUCAAGAACUAUAGCAGCAUCUUCUUUCAAUAAAUUAAAUGGUUGAGAAUAAUGC